AUAUCGAGACUUACCGUGCAACCAAACACGGCUCCUCGUCCCGCAACACGUCAUUCCUUUCCUACAGACGAAGCUUUCUAUCUUUCACUGGCUACCACUACGGUGUUUGAGUGAUGAUGAUAUAAUCUUUAUAGAUACAGAACGGGGAGGUAUUCAGAGAUUUUUCUCACGGGUAAGCUUUAGUAUAGAAGGGAAAAGGCACAGUUACCUAUCAGAAAAAAAAAAAAUUUCGGGCACAGUUCGGUGUCUUGAGAAGGAUUCUCUUCCACUAACUGAAGGUGUUUCUAAAGAAGGCAAUCGAGGAAAAUUAUAAUGAAAAGUACCGAUUCUAAACAGAACUUACUAUUGAACAACCGCAACCCAGAGGUUCUUUGGGCCCAACGCUCUGAUAAGGUUUAUCUGACUGUUGCCCUGCCUGAUGCAAAAGAUGUAUUUGUGAAAUGUGAGCCUCAGGGGCUGUUUAGUUUUGUUGCUCAAGGGCUGCAAGAUGAAUCCUUUGACUUCAGUUUGGAACUUUAUGGCCCAAUUGUGCCCGAGGGUUGCAAAACUGAAGUUGGGUUGAGGAACAUUCUAUGCUCAAUCCAGAAAGAGCAGAAAGGUUGGUGGAAAAGGCUAUUAAAGUCAGAAGAAAAACCUGCUCCUUACAUUAAGGUUGAUUGGAAUAAAUGGUGCGAUGAGGAUGAGGAAGAGUCAGCUUCUGAUUUGGCCUCUGAUGAUGACACUGCUGAGCAGUAUGUUGGUCAAGAUGAUGGAAGCAGCGAUGACGAAGGAAUGCUCUAUCUUCCUGACUUGGAAAAGGCGAAGAGGAAACUAGCAACAAGUGACUUCUGACAAGCAACAUGGAGCUGGUUUUUAUGUUCCGACUACUCAUCAAAAUAGGUAGGAACGGUUGAAGAAUUAUGGCCAUGACUUGGGGUUUGUAUACAGAUCUGAUUUUCCUGAUGCCCAAAAAACAGCAGCACCUUUUAAUUUUCAUAUUUACUUUUAACUGGCUUGCAUGCUUGGAGUUGGAUACCUGAGUGGGUUUAUAAUCUGAUAAUAUGGUGUUCUAAGGGUUUGCUGAGUGGUUUCCCUUCUUCA